AAUCAUUGAGUUCACCCUUUUUUCUCUCUCCACAACAAAAAAGACACAAAAACUCUGUUUUCUUCUUGGGAUUUUCAGAAACCUCCCUCUCAACGACAGUUGUUCUUCCUACAUCAAAUUUCAAGAAAGUAAAAGCAAGUCAAAAAAUGAUUUUCUUGUCCUUGGCUUAGAACAAAUGCCUUGAAUGCGAUAGUUUUUCAUUUAAUGACUCGAGCACCAAAACCAUACAAGAAGUUCUUGUCUCUGGAAUUUUCUUGUUGAUUUGGUCUUUCUGUGUUUGAUACCACUGUAGGGAAACUUGGGUUGGUUGAAUUUUUGGUGGUUAUUUGAAAUUGUCUGGUUGAAUUUGGUGUGCGACAUUGGUUUCUGUAAGUUUGAAACUUUGAAUUUGAUGAGUUAAUGGAGGAAGCUUCAACAGUUCGGUUAGUUCGUUGCCCUAAGUGCGAAAAUCUACUUCCUGAGCUUCCUGACUUCUCUGUCUACCAGUGUGGUGGUUGUGGUGCUGUGCUUAGAGCGUCGAUUAAGGGGCCUGUGAGUAAGGUCUUGUCGAAGAAAUCGGAUGAAGAAAGGGUUAGUGGUGGUUCUGAGAAAGAUGGUGGUAGUAUUGAUUGUGUUUCUGAGACUGAGAGGGAAAGUGAUAAGCCUGAACUUCGUAGGACGAGAGAGAGAGUUUUUCAUGAAAGAGUCGAUAACUUGAAUGGUAGAUCUUCAUCAAUAAGCGAAAAUAAGCAAGUUUUGCCUAUUUCAGAUAGAAUUAGGGGAGGAGAAACAAUGGAGUUGAGGUCUGAUCAGAUUAGGAAAGUUGGGUUUUAUGAGGAUGAUUAUUAUGAAUAUAAGACCCCUUCGAAAGUUCCACUCAACAAUUGGGUUCAGACAAAUGAUCAUGACUUGAGCAUGAUUAGACCUGAAUAUGUUAGUUCGGUUGGUGAAAAUGAAUUUGAAAAAAUCAGACCUCCAGUAGGGUCCUUAAGGUCAGGAGGAGAUGAUAGCGACUUAAAUCUGAAUAGGCCUGAAUAUGGUAAGUCGAGUGUAGAACAUGAGCUCGAAGAAAUCGGAGUCCCAACUAGGUCCUUGAAAUCAAGGCCUAUCGUGGACCAGUGGAGCAUGGGAAGAAGUGGAUCAAUGGCAUUUCAUGGAAAUGCCAGAGGUUUUGCAGAACAUGGGAAGUUUGCUAGUUGCCCGUAUCCAGAGGAGGGGCCUUCAAAUUAUCCCCCUUGUCCUGGAUCUUUUUAUGGACAUGGUGCGCAAUUAAGGAAUCGUGAUGGACAUGCUGGGCUUGCUAGAGUUGAAGAUCUUGAAAAUGAUCGAGCUGAGCUACUUAGAAAACUUGAUGAGUUGAAGGAUCAGCUUGGCAGAUCUUGUGAUGUGGCUGAAAAACGAAAGGAAAGGGUUGCUGUUGAUAGGAGGAUGGCUCCACCUCCACCUGAUCCUUAUGAAGGACACGGUGCUUUUAUUCCUGAAGGAUCAACCAACUUGUAUAGUGUUGAUAUGCAGCCCGUUGCUAGAGAUACAUAUGUUCCAACUCCUUAUAUUGAUCAUAAUCGUGGACCUCUCCCUUAUACCAGUAGUCAUGGUUUGGAUAUGCAAGAGUUCUAUGCUCCUUCAAAGAAUUUCCCAUACGAAUUUCUGGGAUACGAAGAUGCCUAUAGGCCACAAAUGCCAAGGAGGACUCCACAUCAACCACCACGUCAGUAUUUGCAAGUGCCAUCUCAUGAUCGUCUUCCUUCACGAUACACAGAUCAGGACACCCUUGUGUCACGCCCACAUGAAACUUUCUAUCACCAGGCGGCAUGCUCUUGUUUGCACUGUUCCUACAGGAACUGGCAAAUGCCUCCAAAAGUCCCACCACCUGUUUUUAAUGGUCAAAGAUUACGGAGUGAUAGUGCUGAUCCCAUUUUCUAUCCCCGUGUCAAUCAUAUGUACGAUCCACAUGGUUAUAAUUCUGAGUACUCCAAUCCUCCUCAAUUGCAUACCUGGGAUCAGCAACCCCAUACAAGGGGUUCAAGUGACCUUGAUUUGAACAAUGGUGGUUUUGGUCUCCGCCAUCCAAGAAGGGUGGUGGUAGCCCGUGGGAGUGAACAGGUUUGGCAUCCUGUAGCAGGGGGUGCCCCUUUAGUAACAUGCUGUAACUGUUUUGAGUUGCUGAAACUGCCAAGGAAACUUAUGGUGGUGGGAAAGAAUCCAAGAAAAAUGAGAUGUGGAGCCUGUUCCUCCAUAAUCCUGUUUGAGUUUCAGAACAAGGGGCUUGUUGUAUCAGUUCCUGCACAAAUCAAGCAAGUUUCUGCUCAAGUUGAUGAUGCCUCUAAUGAGACGCAGAAUCACAACCUUCAAAGUUCUCAUGAUUGUUCGAAUGCUGGUGCCACAAAUUCCAUCUCUAAUGACUAUAAUAACUGCCGUUAUAACUUCCAGUUGACUACUGAACCCAGUUUAUUGUUAAGAGACCAGAGGUCAAAUCUCAGUGAAGCUGAAAAGAAGCAGGGCCCUCAUUCAUCCUCUUCGAGCUUUUCUGAGGACAAGCAAAGCCCAGACUGUAUGAUUGUUCGAAAAGAUGUUUCUCAUUCUGCCGAGCUGCCUCUCCUAGAUUCUCCUCUGCAGGAGCAACCAGAUUAUUCUUCUUCCAGUAAUGUGGUCAGCAGAUAUGAGAAGAGAAGCAAGAGUCUACGUAUUGAUCAAGAGAAGGUUAUCCUUGAUAGGACAACCUCCCGACAGAAUUCUGUAAAAGAUGCACCAGUGGCAACUGAGAUGGACGUCUCUUUUAAUGAUAUCUUAAAUAGUGGUGUUUCUCAAGAGUCUUUGGAGAUAAGCAAAGAAGACGAUCGACCUAGGAUCAACAAAGGGGGUGAGUCCUUCUUUGCGGGUCUCAUAAAGAAAAGCUUUGGAGAUUUUUCAAGGUCUAGUCAAAGUCAUCAGAAUGGAAGAUCAAAUGUUUAUGUUAAUGGCCAGUUAAUACCAGAUCGUGUGGUUAAGAAGGCUGAGAAGCUAGCAGGGCCUAUUCAACCUGGAGAGUACUGGUAUGAUUUCCGAGCUGGUUUCUGGGGUUUAAUAAGCCAUCCUUGCCUUGGCAUCAUUCCGCCACGUAUUGAAGAAUUCAAUUAUCCCAUGCCAGAGAAUUGCUCUGCUGGGAACACUGGAGUUUUUGUGAAUGGGCGUGAGCUUCAUCAGAAAGAUUUAGACUUACUUGCUGGCAGAGGCCUUCCGAUUACAAAGCACAAGUCUUUUCUUAUUGAGAUUUCUGGGAGAGUUCUGGAUGAACACACUGGUGAAGAACUAGACAGCCUCGGCAAACUUGCCCCUACGGUUGAGAAGGUAAAGCAUGGAUUUGGCAUGAAAGUUCCGAAAGCUGUUGCAUAAUUAUGAUAAGUUGGGUUGCAGGUGCUUCACUUUCCAUUUUCCUUCUAUUGGGUUGAUGCAUUAGUCACCUCUUGCUGUAUCAGUGUUUGUGUAAUAGGCUGGCAUAAUCUUGAAAAUAUGAUGGACGCAAAGGCAAAAUGCUUCAAGAUUUGUGAUUUGUUUUGUUUUGAACAUCAUCAUUAUUCAGAAAAUUAAAUAUGCAAUUGUUUAUACAUUAGGAUGCCAACUUGGUGGCACAGGUGUCUGAAUGCCAACUCAUGCACUGUCUGAAUGCUUGAGAACCUGUUAGUGUUAAAUGCUUAUAUAAACCUUGUACCAACAACGGGUAAGGUGAAAACAUAGGUGGUAUGAGAUCUUUGGACAGCAAUUUUCAUGGUCGGAUGAUCUUAGUAGCCGAAUCUGAUGGGGGCUCUCAAUUCUC